AUGGCAUCGCAGACAAGCUCCCGGAAACGACCUCUGGAGGACGAUGGCCUUCGUGAGAUGGUGGUCAGUCAGCUCGAGGCUGUGCUGUCUGAGUCGCGACCAAGCAACAAGUACAUCAUCGUCGCGCACCCAUCCAUGAACCAUAUCAAGGACGCGCUCAUUACCCUGUCGCCACAGUCGUACUCCGAGGUUAAAGUCGACUGGCGCGAGUUCGAGUCUGGCAUGCCCAACAUCUUCAUCGAGGAAGUUCACCGACUGCUGCCGGCCCAUGUCCUCCUCCUGCUGAACAUGCGACGCAAAGAGAUCUUGCUGGACCAGCUGUCGCUGCUCUAUGCCAUCCCCCGCUAUGGCUGCAGGUCGCUGACUGUGCUACUACCUUUCUUCCCAACUGGGACGAUGGAGCGAGUAGAUCGAGAAGGGGAGGUGGCCACGGCCUCCACACUUUCGCGGAUGAUCUCCGCUGUGCCCAUGACCCCCGGGGGCCCCGCUCGGUUCUUGAUCUUCGACAUCCACGCUUUGCAAAUCAGGUUCUACUUUCAAGACACCAUCCUUCCAGUUCUGCUGUCGGCGAUGCCCUUGUUGCUGAACCUGCUGAAGAUGCGAUUCGGUGCAGAGGCCGUUGCUGUGGCUUUCCCAGACGAGGGGGCCAAAAAGCGUUUCGGCGGAUUCUUUGAAAAGGCGGGUUAUCCUGUCCUCUUCUGCAGCAAAGUCCGCGAAGGAGAGAAGAGAGUCGUUCGAGUUGCAGAAGGUGACCCGGAAGGAAAGCACGUCUUCAUCGUGGAUGACCUCUGCAACACAGGUGGGACGGUGCUGGCUUGCAGGGAAGAGCUGGCCAAGCGUGGUGCGAAGAAGGUUUCAGUCUUCGUCACACACGGUGUGUUUCCUCUUGGGUCUUGGAAGAAGUUUGAAGGCGCUGGCUUCGAGAAGAUUUUCAUCACCGACAGUGUACCCGAGACCUGCGAAGUCUUCAAGGAGCACAAGGCUUCACGUGGGGACUCAUCCACGUUCGAGAUCAUCGGUCUGGCGCCAGCUCUGCACGAGUACUUGCAAGGCCAAGUGAACUAUGACGCGAGAGAGGCUUGGCGAAAGUGA